GCGUGGCGCGCGCUGUGCUUCUUGCUGUCCCUGUCCUGGUUGCUUUCGGCAUGGAAGAAAUUUAUGCCAAGUUUGUGUCACAGAAAAUCAGCAAGACCCGCUGGCGACCGCUACCUCCGGGGAGCCUGCAGACCGCGGAGACUUUCGCCACGGGCUCUUGGGACAAUGAGGAAAAUUAUGUUUCACUGUGGUCUAUUGGAGAUUUUGGAAACUUGGACUCUGAUGGAGGAUUUGAAGGAGACCAUCAGUUAUUGUGUGAUAUCAGACACCACGGUGAUGUAAUGGAUUUACAAUUUUUUGACCAGGAAAGAAUUGUAGCUGCUUCAUCAACAGGAUGUGUAACAGUUUUCCUUCACCAUCCAAAUAACCAGACUCUGUCAGUCAGCCAGCAGUGGACAGCAGCUCACUACCACACAGGUCCAGGCAGUCCUUCUUGUAGCAGUGCACCAUGCACAGGUGUUGUGUGCAGCAACCCAGAAAUUGUCACAGUUGGAGAAGAUGGUCGAAUAAAUCUCUUCAGAGCUGAUCACAAGGAAGCUGUAAGAACUAUAGACAAUGCAGAUAGCAGUACACUCCAUGCUGUAACCUUCCUUCGAACUCCUGAGAUUCUUACAGUAAAUUCAAUUGGACAGUUAAAAAUAUGGGAUUUUAGACAGCAAGGAAAUGAGCCCUCUCAGAUAUUAUCACUGACUGGUGACCGAGUGCCACUCCACUGCGUUGAUAGACAUCCCAACCAGCAGCACGUUGUGGCCACCGGUGGCCAGGAUGGAAUGUUGAGUAUUUGGGAUGUUAGACAAGGUACAAUGCCCGUGUCUCUGCUCAAGGCUCAUGAAGCUGAAAUGUGGGAAGUUCACUUUCACCCAUCCAACCCAGAUCAUCUAUUUACUUGUUCUGAAGAUGGAUCUCUUUGGCAUUGGGAUGCCUCCACAGACGUACCUGAGAAAUCAUCGCUCUUUCACCAAGGGUAAAUUCUCGUAUCACAGGGCUCGAAACCUGAUUGUCAGCUACUGACUGCUAGACUGCUGACAACUAGAAAUGCUGUUAGCUGGCUAACUUCAGACAGCCAGGGGUCUUGUUUGUGAGUACAUUGUUGCGGGCCCUCAUGCCAUAGGAUAGGCAUUGAUAGCUCUCUUAUAUUACAUUGUCAAGGGUGUAUGGCAAGACAAAAGUUGAUCUUUUUAUGUAUUAAGGUACUGGUUUCUCCUCAGACUAAAAGGCCCUGUCUCCUGAUUAAAGACAGAGGUAAGUAAAGGUCAGCCAGAAACUAUACAGUUAAAAUCAAGAGAUAUUUUUGGUCUUGUUUUUGGCAUUUUCUAAGCUUCCUGUUUUUGAGUUUGUCUGUGGUUCCAAAGUUUAUUUGUUCAUUCAUUCAGCAAAUGUUUAUCAAAUGCCUGCCACAUGCUAGGCACUCUUCUAGGUGUUAGAGCCCAUGACAGUGAGCAGAAAAGCCUCGAGGCACAUAGAGCAAAUAUUCCAGCAGACAGUAAAUAAAUAGAUAAUGUUUCAGUAAAAGUCCAAUCACAAAAACAGAAACUACCCUAGAUAUAGAAGGAAUUGGUUUCACAUGUGUUAGAAGGGCUAGAAGAACAAAAGGGAGGGAGGCUGGAAGAGCACAUAGCAAAAAAGAGGAAUGCCCAGAAAUCAACAGUUGUUAAUACCUCUGCUGCACUGUUGGAAGUGCUGUCAAAGGUGGUUCUGGAUCAGCAGAAAAGGUGCCACCUCAGCCAGGGCUGGAAUUACUGCCUGUGUUGUCGUUGCCAGAAACCUGGAGCUUUUUCCCACCCCCGUCCCACCCCCCACACCCUGUCUGCCUUCCAGUCACCCACAGUAGUACCUCCCAUGGGCAGGCUCUGCCUCGAAGGCAGAUGGCAAGGGAGCCUGGAAAAAGGAGUUGGUCCCUGCAGUACAUAGUAGAGCAUAGCGAAGUAGGAAAGGAGACAGCAAAAAGGAAGAGAACUGGACCAAGUACCUUGAUGACUGUGAAGAAAAGUGAAGAGAGUAGGAGGAUAAAGAAUUAGUGGGCAAGGGGCAGCUUGGCAGAGAGAACAUUUGAGCAGACACCUGAAGAAGUGAAGGUACCAGUCACAGGAAAGCAUUCUAGGUAGAGGAAACAGCAAAUUCCAGGGGCCUGAGACAGAGACCAGCAAGGAGGCCAGUGUGGCUGCAGUUCAACAGGCAGGUGGGUGAGUGGGAGGAGACAGAGGGAGCUGAGGAGCAGGAUGUUGCAGACUGGGAUGAGGACUUUGGAUUUUAUUUUAAAUGUGACAGAAAGCCACUGGAGAAUUUCAAGCAGGGGAGUGGUGUGAUCUGCCAAAGAAUCACUUUGGCAACUGUAUGGAAAAUAGACUAUGGGGAGAGGAAUGGAAAAAGCAGAAGCAGGGAGACCAGGGAGAAGACUUAGCACAGUGGUUCUAAUGUUAAUUUUCAUAGUAUUCAAGAGUAAUAUAAAAUAGGAGCAGUUAAAGGUAAACAAAAACUAAGAAGAAGAAAUCUAAAACUUCUCCAGAAAAAUUCUGCAGGAGUUUGGCAUGUGUAGAGCAUGUAGCAUGUCUAUGCUAAUAACUUCAUGUAUGGAGAAACUAAGAAUUGUAUUAGUUUCUAAUAAAUAAUGAUUAGCUAGGCACUUGGUUUUUAUUUCUUCUUCCCCUACCCCCACUAUCUUGCAUCUGGGAUUUUACUGUUUGAAGAACCUUGGUUAGACCAGAAAUAGCCAUUACUAUACUCUCUGCCUAGUAUUGCAAGGAACAGUAUUAGACACUGAAAAGGUAAAAAAAAUAUAUAAUCUAUACAGCCUGCUCUUAAGAAAUACUUAAUUUAGUUAUGGAGAAAGGGGCAUGGGAAGUUAAAUCAUGAAGAAAUGUUACAAGGUAGUAAAUUAUUAGUGGUGCAUGUAAGUGCUGAGGUUUCCAGGAAGGAAAAGAGAAGCAUGAACUAGAGUCAUCUUCAAAGGCUUCUCAGAGAAGGAAGUGGAGCUGGGCUUUAAGAAUCAGCAAGAUUUAAACUCACUAAUCUUUAAGCUUCAAGAUAUGAGGGACUUUGCUUUGUGUUCCCAGCACUUAGCACAGAGCCUGGCAUAUAGUAGGUACUCAGCCAUUUAUUGAGUAAAUGAAAUCUGUCUUUAUUUGAUCUGGCAGAAAGUUGAAAGGAAAGAAAAUUUCAAAUAAAGGCUAAAACUGAAAUAUAAUGCUUCUGCCCCACUUAAUCCUGUAUUAAAUGCAGAGCUAUAAUCUGGUAGUGUUCUAAAAUUUUACUUUUAAGAACAUUUACCUAAAAUAAAGGCAAAGAAUAAAAGGAGAUCUAAAGCCAGUUGAUUAUAUUUUUAGAAAUAUUCAUCUAGAAGUACAUCCAGAAAUUUUCUCAUGAUCGCUUCAUUUUUUGAUUACCUAAGAAUGUAGAUUUCUAUGUAUUAUCUACACUUGUUCUACCUGUCUUCCAGGCAUUUUGCUACAUUUCUGAGACUUUCCAUUAAAGAAUAAACAGACAGGGUCAAAAUGAUUCUUGUGCUUUGCUGAAGAUUUCAACUUUGAUAGCCAUGUUAUCCCAUGGAAAUUUGAGUAUUUAAUAUCACUGACUAAGCCUUUGGUCAAAAAUGGUGAUGUGUUAUAAUAGAAUUAUCUCUUGAGAAUUAAAACAAAUUUAUAUCAUCACCUUUUUUUAAAUAUUAGAAUUUCAGAUGUUUACUUGUAUAAAAUUAGCCUUGAAAGAUGUUUUCCCCUUUUCUUUUUUUUCCCAGGAGGAAGAAAUAGUACUUUUUUGUCUCAUAGCAUUAGCAACCAAGCUAAUGUUCACCAAUCUCUUAUAAGCUCCUGGCUCAGCACUGAUCCUGCCAAAGACCGUAUUGAAAUCACAAGCUUGCUUCCCAACAGG